AUGUCUGGGCACAGCGAGAGGGCGACCGCGGAGUCUUCGUCCUGCGAAGGCGAGUCUGGCCAUAUGGCUGAAUCGUCGCCAACAACACCGGGGCAAGGACUCAGUCGAACCGACAGUGAUAACGAGAGCAUUGGAGGCCAGCGAAAUGAAAUGUCGAGAAAGAGUCUCAUGAUAGCGAUCCCUGCACUCUCGGUGUGCCUGUUCGUCUCGUUUCUGGAUCAGACGUCUGUGGCAACCGCGACGCCAGCAAUAUCCGGGGAUCUAAACACUGGAGCUGCGACUUCAUGGGUUGGUGCUUCCUUCCUGAUUGCAUCCACGUCGUUCCAGCUCAUCAACGGGAGACUGUCUGAUCUUUUCGGGAGGAAGAACCUACUUCUGGUCUGCCUGGCAUUGAUGGGAAUCGGGGACUUGGCAUGCGGGUUUUCCAAGACAAAAGUGCAACUCUUUGUUUUCCGCUCCAUCGCUGGGGUUGGUGGUGGCGGCAUCAAUAGUUUAGCAAUGAUCAUUGUCAGUGAUAUCACGACACUGCGGAACCGGGGAACAUAUCAAGGUGUUCUCGGUGCCAUCAUUGCACUUGCAAAUGGAGUUGGGCCUUUUCUGGGUGGCGCACUUGUCGAGUCGGUGACAUGGCGAUGGGUCUUUUGGUUGAUUCCGAUCGUGUGCGCACCAACGACUGCUGUUAUUUGGUUUUUCCUGCCGCUCAAACAUCAAAAGGGAGGCCAUGUCGAAAAGAUCAAGAAGAUUGACUAUGGUGGAGUCAUACUGAAUAUCGCCUCGACUCUGCUGGUGCUCGUCCCCCUCUCUGGCGGCGGCGUGACAUAUUCCUGGAAAUCAGCGUUUCUUAUUUCCACCCUCACCAUCGGUGUCCUGUUGGGUGUCCUCUUCGUUCUGUACGAGUGGAAGCUCGCGACACUUCCAAUUAUGCCUCUGCGGCUAUACAAAGCGCCACACUGCAGUGCUCUCUACGCUCAGUCUUUCCUGACCGGUCUUGCAUACUUUGGAAACCUUUUCUACCUACCCAUCUACUUUCAGUCCGUCCUCAAGUACUCGGCCCUUGUGUCCGGUGCGUUGAUUUUACCAGUCAUCAUCACCACGUCCAUAGGCUCUAUCGUGUCCGGGCAGUAUAUGAACCUCACUGGCCGCUACAGAGCUUUAAUUCUGACUGGGUUCAGCCUAUGGACGCUCGGCAACGGUCUUAUGCUUUUGUUCGGACGACAUACCGGUCCGGGCCCUUUAGUUGGUAUAUCAAUUGUCCAAGGUGCUGGCAUUGGAUUGACUCUGCAACCAACCCUUGUUGCAAUGUAUGCCAACAGCCGCAACGACGAUCGCGCAGUGGUUACCGGCCUCCGCAACUUCAUCCGCACCAUUGGAGGGGCCUUCGGGCUUGUUAUCUCGGGUGCUAUUCUAUCCAACACCCUCCGGAACGACCUCUCAGCUUCAGGCCUCGUCUCUAAUGACAUAAUCACACAACUUACGUCGUCAAUCUAUGUACUCGACCAUUUGCACCUAUCGCAAGAGGCCGAAGACGAAAUCCUUCAGACUUACAUGAAUGGGCUGCAUUUUAUUUUCGCAUUUUUCGUCGCCUGCUCCGGCCUAAGUCUUCUUCUCACCGCAUUUGUUGGCAAUACAAACAUGAAAGCACAGAAAACCUCUCAAGUGAUCAAGUCAGACGGCCAGGCGUCUGAUAUUGGCCAAGUUGAAAAGGGCCCGGUGGUCAGUGAUAGGUUGGAAGUGGACGCUUCUGAGAACAGAACAAACAGCCCCCAAUCGGAUGAGCAACCUUGA